AUGAAAACAUCAGUCGGUCAUAAUGUCAUGCUCCAUAUUCCAUCGACAGAAUUGGAUUCGACUAUCCUGACCAAACUAUCCUUACACUUUCAAAAGGAUAUGAGAUUUACUCCAGCUGGUAGAUGGACAGUCAAUUCUCGUCUCUAUAUCCAAUCACCUCAACAUCAGCAGUUGAUGCAAGAACAACAGCAGCUCUUUCAUGCUCACCAUAGAAACAAUAACUCGGACACAGAAACACCCAAAAUUCCUGUUCAAUUGCAAUCUCGACAGCUUUAUGUUGUAGUUGCAGAUCACCUUCCAAAACUGUACUCAAUUGUAACAUUUGCCGAGAUCGACAGAAUGGAUCAAGUAGUGCCUGUCGAAGGCAAUAAAGAACUUGGAAAUAUCAUUGCCAAACUUAAGAAUCUAUGGACAUCUCGACAGAGCGCAGUGAUCGAGGGGACAGAGUUUGUCAAAAUGGAUACAGUUAUUCGAUUUGGAUUAGUCAACGUUGGUGCUUCAACUCGCGGUAUCGUUAUAUAUCUGCAAGUUGCCGCCAAACAGGAUAGUAAUGCUAGCGAAACACCACCUCAGCCAUAUUCUGAUGUAUCUUUUUUAUUAAAGGAAAUCUACAAUUGCGUAGCAAGCGUCAAAUCUAAUCUCAUAUCCACAAUACACACGAGCAGUUUUUCAACCAAUGACAACGAUGCUUUGCUAAGUCCUGCAUUACAAGAGAUACGACUGAUUGUUCAGGUGCUUCGAUUACAAUCUAUUUUAUAA